CUUAUUUCUCUACAAAUAUUAGAAGUAGUACGGCUUUAGUUACAAAUAUAAAAUGUUGAUAACUCUUAAACAUUCGGCUCUUUGAAGUAAGUUAACUCUAAACAAUCGGCCAGAGCCGGCUUCUGAAGUUUAGUUUAAUGCUGUUUGUUCUAUGUUUUAACUUCAUACUGCAAUACGGAAGAUUUUAACUAAAGCGAAAAUUAUAAGAAGCACAAUUCAUCUUCUAUCUUUCACCACUACAACUCACAGCCUAUCUUGCAAAUUUUUGCCUAAGCAGUAUAUAUUCUUACUUAAUAUCGGAAUGGUUUCCAAUUCUGCUAUCAUCUUGGUCGCUGUUGCUUUUUUCAGCGUCAUCUCUGCCAAGGACUUCAUGGUUGGAGAUAACAAAGGCUGGACUAUUAACUUUGAUUAUCAGGCAUGGGCACAGGAUAAGGAGUUUUAUGUUGGCGACAAACUUGUAUUCAGAUAUCCAGUGGGAGUUCACAAUGUGUUCAAGGUUAAUGGAACUGGAUUUCAGAAUUGCAUCAAACCUGCAUUAUCCGAAGCUCUAAUUACAGGCAAUGACACGAUUGUUCUUGCAACUCCAGGGAGAAAGUGGUACAUUUGUGGUGUAGGCCAACAUUGUGCGGCUGGGGGUCAAAAAUUGCUCAUUGUAGUGAACCCUGCAGUUAUGUCUCCAAGCGUUGCUCCUUCACGAAGCCUUGGAGCCCCUACUCAAGAUUUACCUGCUACAGGAUCAGCAAAUGGGAUUGCCCUUGCCUCAUUCCAAUCCAUAAUGGCAGUCGCUCUAGCAAUUUUCUUAGUCAUUGCAGUUUAAAUACAUUUUUAUAGUUUAAAAGAGUGUUAGUAGGUUACUCCAGGCCUCAUUAUUUUGAUUUGCUUAAGUUGAUUACUGAAACCAUAUAUAAUAAGACACUGUUUUACUUCAAA